GUUGUCUUUGCACUCGGACGCACAAUAUACUGCUCAGACAAUCUCAUAGGUUUCAUCUGACAUACUCAAACAAUCUUGAAACACGCCUAGCCUCGAAGCAGCAGGGUGGCGUGUCGAUAUGGUCGAAUAUACAGGAGUACCUCAGUGCUCCAGCCAAGAUGGCACAGAGGGCUUCGACGAUUCUGUGGGUAACGAAGACAAUCAAGAUGACUUGGAAGAGAGUGCUCUGGACGAAAUGACGGGGGUACCGGUAUACACCAACCAAGAUGGCACGGAAGACUUCGGCGAUUUUGUGAGUAACGACGAUGAGGAAAUGGAUCUGGAAUGGAUUGCCGAGCCUUGGGACCAGUACGAUAAAAAACGCACCCCACAUGUCUUUUACCCCGUCCGCCUUGGAGACCUGAUUAACGAGAGAUACUUGGUAGAGCAUAAACUUGGGCAUGGCGGCUUCUCAACUGUGUGGAUGGCCCAUGACCUACGAGAUAACAGGGAUGUUGCCCUCAAGAUUAUGCUUGCGGGGGACUCAGGAGACGAUGAAAUUCGCAUACAGGACGAAAUUGUUCACAAUGUGCGGGAUGUCUCGCAUUUGAUCACGUAUUUGGAUACCUUUCUACUGCCAGGAGACGGGUGUCAACAUAGGGCUCAAGUUUUUCCCUUGGUGGGUCCAUAUAUUUGUUACACAACUGUGAUAGAGCUCUCUAUGGCCAGUCGCAUGUCCGCUGCUCGGCAAUUGCUAGAGGCAUUGGAAAACUUGCAUGAAGCAGGAAUAGUCCACCGAGAUCUCAAUGAGAGAAACUGUAUGUGGGGUAUGACUCCUCUUCACACCCUCAGCAGGACUGCAAAGUACGAGGUACUUGGUCGACCUUUGAAGGAAUCUAUACCAUUUGUCAAUCUCUGGAAACAAGGCGAGCUUGUUAUGCCCGUCGAAAUUUCUGAGAAAUUGCGCACAGAGGAGUUCUAUCUCGGUGACUUUGGUCUAGCAAAAAGAGUUAACGACCUGGCGACUCCACGCGGCUUUCCACCAAUGCAGUUUUGCUCCCCUGAUCGCCUGCAUGGGAAAGUCCCAACUUUUGCCUGCGACAUGUGGAGUUACAUGGUUCUCUUUUCACGGCUUUACUGUGGCCAUGUGCCGUUUUCUCCUGCUUUCAAAAGUGGAUUAAUCGGUGAUUUUGUGAAUUCCCUGGGUCCACUUCCCGAGGAGUGGAAGGGUCUUUACACUCAACCCGGAAGCCAAGAUUCCUGGUAUGACCAGAACCAAACACCCGAUCCAAAAUGGAGCCUUGAAUCGAAUAUUGCAGGUCUUUGUCCUGACGCUGAUCCUAUUGAGCUAAGUCAUGUGAAUUCCAUUAUGUCUCGUGUAUUUACUUAUGACCCGGAGAAGCGUCUAACCGCAACUCAGCUUUUGCGAGACCCUUCAUUCAGAGCUAUCAUGGAAAACUACGGUUGUUAA